AUGUCUGGACAGCCCCCCUUCAACCCCGGCGCCUUCGAGUUCCGUCCCGGCAACGCAUUUGUCCCCCGCAACCAGCAGCAGCAGCAGGGACAGCCCGGCCAGCAGCAGCAGCAGGACCCGUACGGCCAGUACGGCGGCCAGCCUUACGGCCAGCAGCAGGGCUACCCCCAGUACGGCGGCUACGGCCAGCAGCAGCAGCAGCAGUACGGAGGAUACCAGGGCUACCAGCAGCAGCAGGGUGGAUACCAGGGCUAUCCCCAGCAGGGCGGCGCUCCCCAGCAGCGCGCGUACCAGCCCCAGCAGCGAUCAGUGCAGGGCUUCCAGCCGCCGAGCUUUGGUGAUGCCGGCAAGCCCGUUUCGCUCAGCAUUGGUGGCGGCGCGCCCAAGCCCGCGCCGUCGCUCUCGAUCGGUGGUGGUGCCCCCAAGCCUGCCCCAUCGCUGUCCAUCGGCGGUGCGAAGCCCGCUCCGUCGCUGAACAUUGGCGGUGCUAAGCCUGCCCCGUCGCUCAACAUUGGUGGCGCAAAGCCCGCUCCGUCGCUCUCCAUCGGCGGUGCCAAGCCCGCUCCCUCGCUCAGCAUCGGCGGUGGUGCGCCCAAGGCCGCGCCCUCGCUCUCCAUCGGCAAGAAGGCCGAGGCUCCCAAGGCUGCCGAGCCCAAGGCCGCCGCUCCCAAGGAGGAGGAGGCCGCCCCCAAGGCGCCUACUCCCAAGCCUGAGGCCCCCAAGGUCGAGGAGGUGAAGGCUGCCCCCGCCCCCACCCCCGCACCCGUCGCCCCCUCCCCUGCCGUGUCUACCCCCGCUGCCACCUCGGGCACCUCGACCCCCAACUUCAGCAAGGUCUCGGCCAAGAACGAUGCCGAGGCCGUCGCCCGCGAGCAGGAGGCUGCUGGUGCCGACGCUCUCCGUGACCUGUACGGCGGUGACGUUGUUGACCCCAACGUCAAGCAGCACCUCAACAUCAUCUUCACCGGUCACGUCGACGCCGGCAAGUCUACCUGCGGUGGUCAGCUCAUGUACCUCACCGGCGCCGUCGACAAGCGUACCAUGGAGAAGUACGAGCAGGAGGCCAAGGCUGCUGGUCGUGAGACGUGGUACCUGUCCUGGGCUCUUGACCAGAACAAGGAGGAGCGUGCCAAGGGCAAGACGAUUGAGGUCGGUCGCGCCUACUUUGAGACCGAUGUCCGUCGCUACACCAUCCUCGACGCUCCUGGCCACAAGACGUUUGUGCCCAACAUGAUUCAGGGUGCCGCUCAGGCCGAUGUCGCCCUCCUCGUCCUCUCGGCUCGUAAGGGCGAGUUUGAGACUGGUUUCGAGCGUGACGGCCAGACUCGCGAGCACGCAAUGCUCAUCAAGAACAAUGGUAUCAACAAGCUCAUUGUUCUCGUCAACAAGAUGGACGACACGACUGUGCAGUGGGACAAGGGACGCUACGAUGAGAUUUGCAACAAGAUCACCCCCUUCCUCAAGGGUAUCGGCUUCAACCCCAAGAACGACCUCACCUUCAUCCCCGUGUCGGCUCAGAUGGGUCAGAACAUGAAGGACCGCAUCAGCAAGAAGGUUGCUCCUUGGUACGAGGGCCCCUCUCUCCUCGAGUUCCUUGACUCGAUGAAGAUCCUUGACCGUGACAUCAACGCUCCCUUCAUGCUUCCCGUCUCGGAGAAGUACAACGAGCUCGGCACAAUGGUCAUGGGCAAGGUCGAGUCGGGCCGCGUCAAGAAGGGCGACAGCCUCUUGCUCAUGCCCAACAAGGUCUCGGUUGAAGUCGCCGCCAUCUACACUGAGACUGCCGAGGAGAUGGAGCAGGCCUUCUGCGGUGAUAACAUCCGUAUCCGUCUUCGUGGUCUCACCGACGACGACGUCCAGCCCGGUUACGUCCUCACCUCGCCUUCCAAGCCCGUCCACGCCGUCACGUCGUUCAAGGCCGACCUUUCCAUCAUCGAGACCAAGAACAUUAUCUGCGGUGGUUACUCGUGCAUUCUCCACGUCCACACUCUUUCCGAGGAGGUCACUCUUACGGCGCUUCUCCACUACUACGACAAGAAGACCAAGAGGAAGUCCAGGAAGCCCCCUCAGUUCGCCAAGGUGGGCAUGCUCGUCUCGGUCAUCAUCGAGACAGCGGCGCCUAUUUGCAUUGAGCGCUGGGAGGACUACAAGAUGCUGGGCCGCUUCUCUCUGCGAGACGAGGGACGAACUGUUGCCAUUGGCAAGGUCACCAAGCUGCUCACUGGCGCUGGUGGUGACGACCUUCCUGACGUUGCCAAGCUGUCUGUCAAGGCCUAAGUCGUCGCAUCUUUGUAAAAUACCCUAGUGCUCGAGACGUCCCCCUCAACCAUCUGCAUGUAUUCUCGUCCAGAGUCGAGCGGAGGCAAAUUGGUACAUUUCUCCUUCAGGGUCCAAGAGCACAAGGUGACUGGAACGAGGAGGGAGACGCGUAAAGGG